AUGGGAGUUCUGGGCCCUAAAAUCCGUCCUGUGGCCGUCAAAAUCCGUGUUCUGGCCCCAGAAGUCAGUGUUUUGGCCCCUGUGCGGUGUGGGACGGCGGCAGCCGCCAGGUCUGCCCUGCUCCGGGGACAGUGGCCGAUACUACCCGGUUCCGGAGCGGACGGCGGUGUUGGCCAGGUCUACCCGGCACUCGGGGGGGACGGUCGUCAGGUCUACCCGGCUCUCGGGGGACGUUCGCCAGGUCUACCCGGCACUCGGGGGACGGUCGUCAGGUCUACCCGGCUCUCGGGGGACGUUCGCCAGGUCUACCCGGCUCUCGGGGGACGGUCGUCAGGUCUACCCGAAGACGAGGUGGCGCACAGGUCGUUCCAGCGGUUCCGUCGGAUUUCUUUUCUUGCUUCUCCGGAAUCGUUCACGGCGGGGCGGGUGCAAGAACGGUACGGACUUUGGCCGACGCUCUCCAACGCGGAUCGCACCCAAAGGGGAGUCGAGCGAGCCGCGACUUUCCGCUGGUGCUGGAGAUCAUUCACGGAGGGAAGCACUGACGCCGCCGGGCCACCCCCCGCCAAAGUCACUGUGACUCGCGGAAUAACGACACCCCGUGGGCUCAGAGUGAGGUGCAGAGGUAGGAGUUCUCAGGUAGGCUCAGUGCGUGUUGUUGGGGGCAGAGAUGCCCAGCCAGGAUCCUGGCCAGGGAUUGUGAGUGUGCAGAAGGUCCGGGAGAAGCACGUCUUUCACGCGUGUGGAGGGUCCCUCAUCCACCCACAGUGGGUGCUGACGGCAGCCCACUGCUUCGUCAAUAGCCAGGAUGUCCCAGUGUGGCGCGUGGUGGCCGGUACCACCUCCUUAACUGACAUGGGCCCAGAGACACAACACAGCUACGUCAGACAGAUCAUCAUUCACGACGACUACGAUACCACCACUCAGGCGAAUGACAUCGCUCUGAUGGAACUCUACGAGCCUCUCCAGUGCACCCCCUACGUGCAGCUCGCCUGCGUGCCUGACUUCUCCCUGCAACUGCGGCAGCUGAGAAACUGCUAUGUUGGUGGCUGGGGGGUCACCACGGCCAGAUCUGGAGGACUACCCCCGUCGCUGCAGGAGGCCAAGGUCCCCCUCAUUGACCUUCAAGUGUGUAACAGUAGCGGGUGGUACCAUGGGGACAUCCACCCCCACAACCUGUGUGCGGGCUAUCUGCAAGGAGGCAUUGACACCUGCCAGGGGGACAGCGGGGGUCCUCUGGUCUGCCAAGAUCCCCAUGCUGACCACUUCUGGCUGGUGGGAGUGACCAGCUUUGGCGUAGGCUGUGCCAGAGCCCGUCAGCCGGGGAUUUACGCCUCUACUCAAUACUUCCGCCAGUGGAUCCUGAUCCAGAUGGCGAUGCCCUCAUCGGAAGCAUGGCACAGUAGGCUGUGCCAGAGCCCGUCGGCCGGGGGUCUACACCUCCACACGGCACUUCCAGAACUGGAUGCUGACUCAGAUCACGCGGCACUCAGUUAG